AGAUUAUAUCAAGGGAAGAUUUGCUGAGCUCACAGCAGCUGAACAGCGGCCUUUCAGGUAAGCUCCUUUUCCUUUAGCACUCAGUUUGUGCUUCUCUGUAGGGCUUCUUGUUUCAUAUGAUCCAAUCACUAAUAAAAACAACCAAGUUUGAUUUGGCAGACCAGAUGAAGCAGAACUCUUUGCCAAGUCUGCCCAGAAUGCAUAUAAACAAUUUCGUGAUAAGGCGGCUUUUUCAAGAUCAAUGGCUGUAGAUAAGAUGGAGAAGAAUGCUCAAGGGAGAGUUUGGACUGGUAAAGAUGAAGCUUCACGAGGUUGGGUUGAUGCUAUUGGUGGACUCUCUCGCGCUGUUGCUAUAGCAAAACAGAAGGCAAAUAUACCUCAAGACAGACCGGUUACUCUUGUUGAGUUGUCAAGACCGUCCCCUACUGUAUCAGAAAUCUUGACUGGCAUAGGAACCUCUAUAGUGGGUGUGGAGAGAACAUUGAAAGAACUACUGCAAGAUUUGACAUUUUCGAAUGGAGUUCAAGCCCGGAUGGACGGUAUACUGUUUCAGAAGCUGGAGGAGGCUUCGGAUUCCAACCCCAUAUUCACUCUGGUAAAGGACUACCUAAGUUCUCUCUGACCUCACAUUUGCCACCCAUAAGUUAAUUCAUGAUGGAUCAAUAGGGGGUGUGAAUGAAAUCAAAGAAAGAAUGGUGAGAG